AUGGGCAUGUUUGGUAAAGCCACUGGCACUCUGCUCAGCCCUGCACCCUGGGUGCUGCAGCGGGGGCUGUGGGGACUGAUGCUGCUCUUGUCUGUGGCUGUAUACGGCUCCCAUGCUCCCCUCCUGACCCUGUGCAAGGUGGAUGGCACAAUCCCAUUCAGCUCUUCAUCUGUCGUGGUUCUCGUCGAGCUGACAAAGCUGGUGCUCUCCCUCUUCUUCCUGCUGACCUGGGACCGGCAGCUGCUGGGAGUUGCCGUGUCCUGGCACCACGUCGUUCCCUUUGCCCUUUCUGCCCUGCUCUAUGCUGCAAACAACAAUCUGGUGGUUCACAUGCAGCUCUUCAUGGAUCCCAGCACCUACCAGGUCCUGAGUAACUUAAAGAUUGUCAGCACUGCGCUCCUCUACAGCCUCUUCCUGCGUCAAAGACUCUGCAUGCGCAAGUGGUUGGCACUCUUCCUCCUGAUGGCUGCUGGGGUGAGCUACAGCUUUGGAGGCUUGCAGGACCCACAGGACUCUACCAGCCCCUCCAGGAUGCAGCUGCACGUCACAUUUGUGGGCUUGUUGCUGAUCUCGGUGUACUGCCUGAUAUCAGGCUUGUCUGCUGUCUACACAGAAGCUAUCCUGAAAACCCAGGCUCUGCCUCUCAGCCUUCAGAACCUCUUCCUUUACUUCUUCGGGGUCCUGCUCAACUUGAUCGGCCAUUUCUGGAGCAGCACAGAGAGAGGUUUCUUGGAGGGCUUUUCCUCCUGGGUGUUGGUGAUUGUGGUCAGUCAGGCCUUGAACGGCUUGAUCAUGUCUGUGGUCAUGAAGCACAGCAGUAACAUCACCAGGCUCUUUGUGAUCUCCUGCUCUAUCCUGGUCAAUGCCGUACUGUCUGUCAUGCUCUUCAACCUGCAGCUCACCCUCCUCUUCUUCGUUGCCGUCUUGUGCAUCGGCCUUGCUGUUCACUUGUAUUAUGGGGUCACAUAGCUGUUGCCUUCCUGCCCUGCAUGCACCAGGGCAGCCUUUAUUUGUUACUCAGGGGUGUUCAUUGCUUGUGCUGGGGCUGGUGUUAGAAGCAUGGUGGUGCCUCUUCACCUUUUCAUUGGUGAUAGGUGCCUGAAUGUGUUACUGAUGGCCUAAAGCAAAUGCACAUGAGGGCGUUGCUCAGCGUGUACGUGCCCAGGAAGCAGGGAUAGUGCCUUCCCUGUGCUCUGCUCCAGCCUGGCCAGGACUCCAUUCCAUGAGGCUCCCGCUUGAUCUGGUGGACCCAGGCUCUAGAGUGAAUCCUGAGCCCUUUGUCAUGCAGUACAUCACAGUCAAGCUGCUUCCCCCAUCUUCUGUACACCAAAGCACACACCCAUCCCCUGUGCCAGUAAAUGCUGUUGCAGGGUUAGCUCUGGUGUGCUUCUGACAUGCAUGUGGCCAGACCUGCUGCAUGAUCCUGGCCAGAGGCACCGGCCUUCUGCAUGGAGCAGCGUGCUGCUGCCUGGAGAGCCCCACACUGGCUGGGGGCAUUGCUCCCACCUCCUCUGCAGUUUUCCAGCCUAAUCCUCAACCCAGCCCCUGGCUGAAGAUCUGGUGGGCAUUGGGCUUCAUUUGCCUGUCCUGGGCACAGCAUUACUACCUGCCUCUGUGGACAGUAUGAGGGAACUGUUUUGCCUGCCUUUCAAAGGGGAGACAGCACCUGAAUUUGUACAAAUGCUGUGGCUAGUGAACUCCUGGUGGGCGGAAGUCACUGCUGGCUGUGGCAUGGUUAUUAAAGCUGUGUUUCAACAGUG